AAAAUCUGAUUCAGAAAUCAGACCGUAAAAAUACCCACUACCUAUACAGUAGUUCCUUUCAAAUUCAAAUUCAUACUUUAGUAUACCCUACGUGUUUGAAAUUGUGAUUUGUAACUUGGUGAAUUUUUAGAGUUAUUUUGUUAAAUUGUAAUUCCAAUAAUAGGACUACUGCAGGUACGUUUUUACGUCUUGUAACCACGUUUCGCGGAAGAAUCGAAUGAUCUGAAAUGGAGAGAAAGAAGAGCAAGAAGCUCCUAUACUACAAUUGGGAUCACUAAACAGCGAAAUGGUCCACCAACGGAGUAAAACACUCAGAAAAAUAUUUCGAGGAGAACAUAACUACCUACUUUCAGCUCUAUGCGUAUCUUUCGGAAUGUCAACUUGGUUACCGGUGAACUCAGUUUACUCUCAGAUGCCUCUUCUAACUCAGUAUGCUCCAGAAAGCUGGAACUUGGCUUCUUAUUUCUCUGUUGUAGUUCAAAUAGCCAAUAUAGCUCCUUUAGGUUACUACUUCGUUAGAGAUAGACAAUGGUGUCCAGAUUCGAUCCUAAUAUGUCUAUUUUUGCUGCUGGGAACGUUGGCAUCUUGUCUUCUUUCAUUUACCUAUCACAUACCGGUAUCAAUAUUUGGUGCUCAGCAUAGUUUUUUCUUUUUCUUGUUCGCCUUUUUUCUAUCAAUGGUUGGUUGCGUCAGCUCAGUAUUAUUCUUGCCAUUCAUGGGUAGAUUACCAGAAGUAUAUCUGGUAUCAUUUUUCAUCGGAGAAGGUAUAAGCGGCUUCAUUCCAAGUUUCCUCGCGUUAUUACAAGGUGUAGCCAAAGAUCCGGUCUGUAUAAGUGUCAAUGUUUCAGGUGUUGUAACCAAACAAGAAGUAAUGAAAGAGCCUUUAUUCAGCUCUGGUCUGUUUUUCUUCGUAAUUUCGACUAUAAUGUUAUUCAACACGUUAUGCUUCCUGUAUCUGAACUAUUUUUCUAAUCUAAUGUCCAAGUACAGCGUUAAACCGAAAUCUCCCAGUAAUUCUGAAGCUAUAAAUGUAAAUUCUUCGAGGAAUCAAGAAACCGAUGAAGAUCCAGAUAUACCAAAAUUUCUGCUCAUCGUAUUAAUAGUUGUCGUAGGAAUAAUUAACUGUUUUUCUAAUGGUAUUCUACCUAGUAUUAUGUCGUAUUCUUGCCUACCUUAUGGUCCUGAAACUUACCACUGGUCUUUGAAUAUUAACAUGAUUAUUGGGCCGUUAUCGAGCUACUUUGCGUACUUCAUCCCGUUAGUAUCGGUGAGAUUGUUGGCAUUCUGUUGCAUUGUAGAAAUUUUAUGCAUAAAUUACGAACUAAUUACCGCAUUUACCAGUCCGUUUCCUCCGUUGAUUGGAACCGACAUCGGAGUUGUAAUGAUUAUACUUGUAUGGAUGUUUGGAGCUGGACUAAUUAGCUAUAUUAAAUUAUCGAUUGCAGCCAUCUUGAGAAGGAGACAUAAAAAGGCUUUAUUCAAUUAUGGAAUUUCCACUCAGAUCGGCUCAACGAUCGGAGCCAUAUUGGCAUUUAUUUUAAUUAUUUAUGCCAACGUAUUGCACAGUGUGCCAAAGAAAAAAUGUGUUUAAUGAAGAAGACAAGACUUUUUAGAAUGUGAUCAACUUGAAAAACAAGGACGUUUAGGUUUUAGAGGCUGUGAUAUACUACCUACUCAUGUAGGUGCCAAUAAUCUGAUUAUAGCGUUCUUUUUUUUCAAUUGUAGAUAUUUUUUUUCAUUUUGAGUAUACUUUUCAUAACUUAUUCACCAUUUUCAUUUUUUUUCUCGUGAACUUCAUUAUCUGUAAUGAAAAAUGUUUAAUUAUGGGUACAAUAAACGGUCACUUACGUUGACCCUGAAUUUUCAAA